UGUACUUAUUUGUGACUAUAUCUACAAAAUCUUUAAGCAUGAGCAAACAACAAUGGACCAGUGAAAUGACUUCACAUUUAAUUCUCUUGUAUAAGAACUAUCCCUGCCUGUAUAAAGGUAAAUCCAACAAAAAAAACAGGAACCAAGCUUACCAGGAUAUUACAAGUGGCCUAAGAAAUGUAAACCCCUGUAUUGAAUUUACCAAAGCCAUGGUAACAGCCAAAAUCCACACGCUACGAACCCAGUAUACUAGCGAAAGAAACAAAAUAAGGAAGAGCGAAUUAAGUGGUGACGAAAUUUAUAUUCCAAAAUUAUGGUGUUUCGAAAUGCUAAGGUUUUUAGAUGAUGCUGAGGGCAUAGUUGAAGGACAAUCUAAUCUUGAUCCAGUCAACACUGAAAUAGAAGAGAAAGGUGAUGUACUGUUGGAGGGCAGUGUUGAUGAUGCUCCAAGACCAUUUACACCGGAUUUUGAAGUAAAUGAAGAAAGACCAUCAUCAUCUGUGCCAUAUACAAAUAAAACACCAGACAGAACACCUGAUUCAAAUAACGAGACCACUGUAUAUAAAAAAAGAGAAACGCCUGUUUCAAAAAAAAGAAAAUUGGAGGAUAAACGAUUCUCUAAUGUAAUGGAAAAUGCAACAAAAACGCUCAAAAAGAUAAAGCUGUUGACACAUAAUGACACAGUGCUAAAUGACUUUUCACAAUAUUUGGCCAAUGAGAUGAAAACUAUACAAAAUGAAGACAUUUUAGAUACCCUUAAAUCAGAUAUCAUGCAUCUAGUAAUAACUGCAAAAAGAGAGUAUAGGGCCAAAUGUUGUGAAUAG